AUGGAAAGCGGUUUUUUUCGAAACCUACAAGAAGAUAACCCAUGUGUGUCUAAAAGUAAUGAAAAAGAAUUUCAUUUUAAAUAUGCAAAUUUGUUAGAAAUAGAUAGCGGGCAUGAUUCGACAAAAGAAAUGAAUAACAUUGGAAAAAAUGAAAAAAAGACAAAGAUUGUUAAAAAAAAGUUUAUAUCAGAAAAUGAAAAAUUACAUAUAUUACAAAAUUUAAGAAAAACAAAACUAAUAAAUCUAAGCCGAAGCUCACAAAUGGAAAGUAAUGAAAAAAAACAAACAGAACAUGAUAUAAAAAAAAAAAAAAAAAAUAUAUUUCCUUAUCAUUCAUUUUGUAUAAAUUAUAAAGAAAAUCGUUUAGAAAAUUCAAAAAAAGAACAUCAUAUAGAUACAGAGUUAAAAAUUUUAGGAAAAAACAAAAAAAAAAAAAAAAUAAAUAUUAACAAGUUUGGAUUUGGAAAGGAUAGCAAAAAUAAUUUACUUAUUGAAAAAAAAGAACCAAAUAAAAUAAAUUCAAAAUUUAAUUCUAUUAAAAAUAAUGGUAAUGAAGAUAUAUCAUCAAAAAAAUAUCCCUCCUUUGAAAAAGAAUUAUGCAAACAAUUUUUACAAAAAAAAAUCACAAAAAUAAAAUUCAGAAAUAGUAGCAUUAGUAGUAAUAGUAGUAGUGACAUGACAAUAAAUAUUGUAAAUAAUAAGAUUCGGGAAAAUGUGUAUAGUUAUAGAACUAGCCAAAUUAACAAAAAUAAAAUAAUCACUAAAAAUAUACAAAACAUAAAAAAUAUGAAAAAAUCACAAAUCUAUAAGACAUUAAAUAGUAAUAGCAAUUUUCCACACUCCAAGAAAUCGACAGAUACUAUUUUUAGAUACAAUGAUGGGAAAUAUAACACAAAAAAUGAAAAUCCGAACUUUGAAAAAAAUAAUAUUGCCAAGGAAAAAUAUGCACCAUCUUUUGCUGACCACAGGGAAGGCAAGCCGAUAAAAAGAUCAGAAAAGGUAGAAAAAUCAGAAAAGGUAGAAAAAAUAAAAAGGGUAGAAAAGGUAGACAAAAUGAAAAAGGUAGAAAAGGUGGACAAAAUGAAAAAUAGAGGCUCCAUCGAAAAAUACGAAAAGAUGCAUCAAAAUAGUAACGAUAACCACCACAAUAAUAAAGAGGGCAAAAAAUUGGCAGUAAAAAAUGGAGAAAAAAAAAAAAAAAAAAAAAUAUAUAUUAACAAACAAAGUAAUGAAAGAAUUUACCAAAACAUAAUAAAAAAUAAUAGUUCAAAAAAUGAUUAUUUAAAUAAAAUAAAAAAAUACAAUUCCUUUGUUACGAAUGAAAAUGAUUUAAAAGUAAAAAAAAUGUUUAUUGUAAAUGACAAUUUAAAUAACAACUCAUUAAUAUUGAAUGUAUCUUCAUCUUCUGAUAUUAUUUCUUCAGUUUCAUCUUAUACUAAAAGGGGUUCUAAAAUUAGAUGUAAAAAAGAAAAGACAAAGAUAGAUUUGAUUGGGGAGACUGAUAAAAUGAAUCUAAAUUUCCAAACGAUUGUAGAUAAAAAAGAAACCGAAAAAUAUAAACAUAUCAAAAAUAUAAUUUCUAAAUACAACUAUAACAAUAAAAUAAUGGAAAAAAAAGAAAAAAAACAUAACACAUCUUUAUGUUCUAGCAAAAAUUCAUAUAAAAUGUAUUGUAACGAAAAUAGAAAUAGUUUUGAAAUAUAUAAUAAUAUAAUAAAACAAAAAAAAAUAGUAAAAAAAUUAAAAAAAAAAAUUUUUAAGUCUAUUAAAAAAAUAAUUAAUGCUAACAAAAUAAAGACACCUCUUUAUUUCCAUUCGAAAUCUUAUUUUUUUAAAUUUUUGAAAAAAAUAAAAUUUUUAUUAUCUAAAAAAUUGAAAGAAAUGAAAAAAAAAAGUUCUGGAAGUAUUGAUGAGUGUAGUGGUAAUAUAAAUGGAGAAAAUAUUUAUGAAUUAUUUUUGAAAAAUCAAGACAAUAAUUUAUUACUAAAAAAAUAUUUAAAAAAACAAAAAAAAUUAACAAACAAUAUGAAUAAGUAUAAUAUAUAUCUUAAGCGUGUGGAAACUAGUUCUAUACAAGAAAGGGGGAAAGAAAAUGGAAAGGAAAAUGGAAAUAGCGAACAUUUUCAAGUUACGCCCAAAUCGAGCAUUAUGCAUGAUAAUAACAAUAAUAAUAAACGGGUUCAUACUUUUUAUGACGUAAUUGAAAACAAAAAAAAUAAUAGUGAAGUGCUAAAAUGUGUAACUAAUAUCCAAGGUAUUUGCGAGUGUAAAAAAGGAGAUACGAACUAUGAAGAAGGAAAUGCUGGAAAUGCUGGAAAUGCUGGAAAUGCUGGAAAUGCUGGAAAUGCUGGAAAUGCUGGAAAUGCUGGAAAUGCUGGAAAUGCUGGAAAUGCUGGAAAUGCUGGAAAUGCUGGAAAUGCUGGAAAUGCUGGAAAUGCUGGAAAUGCUGGAAAUGCUGGAAAUGCUGGAAAUGUUGGAAAUGUUGGAAAUGGUGGAAAUGUUGGAAAUGGUGGAAAUGUUGAAAAUGUUGAACAUGAUGAAAAUGUUGAAAAUGUUGAACAUGAUGAAAAUGUUGAAAAUGUUGAACAUGAUGAAAAUAAUAAAGAUAUAACUGAACAACAUACUGAUACUACAAUUUGUUCAACAAAUAUAUUGGAAAAUAAAAAAGGAGAAUUUGAAAAUUUGGAUAUAAAAAUGAUUAAAAAUAAAGAAAAUACAAUAAAUACCUUAUUUGAAAAUUUAAAAAAAGAAAAGAGUCAUAUUUUGAAUGAAAUAAAAAUAAAAACAAAUAAUGAAACUUAUCAUAAUAAUACUAAAAAUCAAUUUAGUAAAGAUAAAUCACAUCCUAUAUUAAUUGAGGAAUGUAAAGAAAAUAAAGAUAAAAAAUAUAAAAUUGCUAAUUUACCAAUUGGUCAAGAUUCUCCAAAAUUAGACAAUAUAUAUAUCAAUAAAGAUUCUGAUAACCAUGAAAAAUUAAAUAGUGUUAUAAAUAAAUAUCCUAUUUGGAAACUAAAAAUUAAUUCCUUAAAUAAUAAAAUAAAAAACAAUUUGAUGCAAAAAUUAUUUUAUUUAAAUUGGUGUGAACAGAGAAACAAACAAAAAAGAUACGAAAAAAAAAAAAAUUUUUUGAAGAGUCAGAGAAAAUAUUCAGAAAAUACUAUAAGAUUUGGAGUGAAAAAACAAAAAUAUAAAACAUAUACCCCAUUUCCAUACUUACAAAAAAGUAAUAAUUUUAUAAAUAUUCCAACAAACAAUUCAAUUAAAAAUGGAAAAAAAAAUUUCAUAAAAAAUUAUAAUAAAAAUUCAGGAAAUAUUAUUUGGGCAACUAAAAAAUAUGAUCAUAAUAUUAUUAACAAAAUAAAAAAAAAUAUUUCUAAUAAUUAUAAUAAUAUGCUUACGUUUUUAAAAAAUAUAUUUUACAAUAAUUUUUAUUUAUUUAAUAAAAAAAAACAACAACAAACUGUAUUUAAAAAUAGACAUAUUAAUACUUUUGAAAAUAAUAUAAAAGAAAAAUUACAAUCUCAUACAAAUGUUACUGUUGUACCUAAUAUAUUUUUACCAAAAAAUAAACAAAAUUAUGAAAGCUCACAAUCUAGAGCUACAAUAAUUCAUAAUGAACCAAACCAAUUUCUUAAAAAUAGCCGAGAAAAAAAACGCCUAACAGUUCAUACCCCGAAAAUGAGUAGACACAAGAAAAGGGUUCACAUAUUUAGAAGAAGAAAAGGAGCAACCACAACAUAG